UCCGCCACAGAGACACCAAGGCCCAGAGCGACAUCAUGAAGCAAUUCUCACUUCAAUGCAGGAAAGACUUUCGCGACUUGAGCCCGGAAUUUCCCUGUUAAGACUCCGCGUUCGAUUACUCUGGUCGCUUCGUGCCUCUGCAGGGAGCUUGGCGAGGACCUCGCGAGACCGGGACGGAGCCUGGGAAACAGUCCUAGCCAAUGGGGCGAGAGAAGGCGAGGCGCACCGGAGCCAAUGGGAAAGCGAGGAAGCGGAGCGCGCCAGCAGUUGGAUUGCGGGUGUCGGGUCGGCAGGAGAUAAUGGCGGCGCUUUAACGGGGAGUUCAGAAAGCUGGGUGGGGAGGCCCUAGUAAUUAUUAAAAAUAAGAUACUAAGAGCCCCCCGUGUUAUUAUUUAAAGCCCCCCUAUCCUUUUACGGGGGAGGCGAGCUUACGGGGCGGGGUAACCAGGGCAAUGGGAGGAAAGGGCAGUCAGCAGUAUAGGGGGGACAGGUAGGGUGGUCACCAGGGCAACGAGAGGAGGUGGGGGCGGUUACCGGGGCAACAGGAAGAGAGGGCAGUUAGAGUACAGGGGACAGGUAGGGGUUGUUACUAGGGCAACCUCAGGAGGUGGGGUAGUUACUCAGGCAACAGGAGCAGGCUGUGGUUCCCACUUGGAGAAGGGAGACGAAAGGAAGGAGGAUUUUGCUGUUGCAGCUGCAGAGGGCGUGCAUCCCCUUCCUUGGGAGGGGGUGCAUUCUAUGGGGCUGCUGAGGUUGAUGGUAGAGGGUCCCGCCUGCAUGUCCCAAGAGAAUCAAGGUUCUUGUUUGCUUUGAAGUCCCUGCUGAGGUCAGUGGGGCUUGUUUCCCAGUAAAAUGUGUUUCGAAUUGGAGCCUGAGGGUGCUAUUUAAAAAAGAAAAGAAACUACAUUAGGUGGCUUAGCGUGCUGGUUUCCACGCAUGGUGUGUGUGCACUCGUCUACGUUCUCCACGGCUGGUUCCUGGAGGAUAAGUGGCCGGAACACAGGGCGCCUGCUGCAGCAUCAUGGCCUGCUCCCACAAUGUGGUAUUUCUGCUGGACACUGCCGGCUCCGUGCAGAAGACAAGUCUUCAUCUGGGCACCUUGAAGAUCUUGAACUAUUUGGGCACCAGGUUUGGCCUGGCCAAAGUCCGGUGGGGCUUCAAGUUUUUUGAUUCUCUAGGUUUCCAGGGAAGGAUAUCCAGAGUGAGCAGUUUCAGGGAGCUUGGGUCCCGCAGCUGGGAAGACUUUGAGGAGGAGCUGGAUGCCAGGCUUGGAAGUCAAACUGGCAGCCCUCCCCUACCUGGCCCAUUGCCUCGAGCUACUUUGACUCGGAACAUAUUGAAAGAAACGUUACUUGAUUACCAAUGGGACCGGCCUGAAAUUGCCUCGCCAGCCAAGCCGGUAUUGAGGAGCCAGAAAAGCAAGUUUGUGUCCACCUUGGACAAGCCCCCGGCAUGCGUCAGUCCUUCUGAGGGCUUUGCGAAUGCCAUUUUCCUCUUCUCUCCCUGCCCUCAUUCUCAGAGGGAGCUGCUGCAGUUUGUUUCUGGAAGUCUUGCUCAUUUGUCUGACGAACUGCUCACUUCACAUGAUGUGGCAGAAAAGUUUCUACCCAAGAGAAUCAAGGAGAUGAUGGCUGGCCAGAAAAUCACUUUGUAUUGGGUGGACACUGCUGAAUGGUCCAAGCUUCUUGAAUCUCCGGAUCACAUUGGCUACUGGACGUUGGCUGACCUGAUGCGCCUUUUGGGUGGCACCAUUUUACCAUCUCAAGCCUUAAUUCAGCCUUUAAGUUACCCCAGAGGAGGGGCCACCGCUGUCUUCCCUGUGGAGCCUCAGAAUUCUGAGCCACCAUUCACAUCAUGGACUACAAUAUUGCCUUUUGAUUCAGCCUUGAACUGCCUUUUUGCCUCCUCUUCUGCAUUACGUCUUUCAUUCCCACAACUGGAAGGCAUGCUGUUCCUCAACACUGAUGGAGGAGAAAAGCCACGGGGUUGUGCUGUGACCUUGGAGCCCCUCACUGUGAUCCAGCGCUGCUUUGAAAGCCCGGUCAACAUUUCUCUUAAAUGCACCAUGUCGGGGUGGAAUGCAAUGCAUGCUGGGAGCUUCUGCACAGAGACUUGGGUUCUGCGGAGUUUGCCAGCAGGACAGUCAGUCCAAGAGGCUGCUUGGUUUCCGCAACUUCUGAAGUGUGUUCGGGCCCAAGGUUUACACAUGGUUGCUGAAGUGUCUGCAUCCGGAGCCUGUUUCCCCUGCACGGGGAUUUUCUCCCCCAUCUCUGACACAGCUGCAGUUCUUUCUCUGCUUUGUGCUGAGAGAGCUUCCCAAGCUGAGAGACCCCUCCGGCCAACCUUUGUGGAGAGAAGCCUUUCCCUAGAGGAAGAGCUCAGCCUUCCAGAAAUCGUGAGCAGUGUGCUAAAUCACAUUGGCGACUUGAAAGAAGAUGAUCGGGCAAUUCCCGAGCCCCCGUUUCCAGAAUGGGCCCAGCAAGAGCUGCACCGCACCCAUCACUGGAAUCCUGCAGCGCUUGAAGGCUGGUACCUUUCCUCAAACCUUUGUGGAGCGAGUCCUCAUCUGAUGGAAUCCUUCAGGUUGCUGGAGGCACCUUCUGCUACCAAGGAGGAGUCGCCAGCCCCCAACAUGGAGGUAACUCACUGCCUGUCUGAAUUUUACCAGAGGAAAGCUUCCGAAGUCUCUGCUACAUCCCGUCAACAGGAUCACAGAAAGAGACGUGGCGUGCCCCGGACUCCCGUCAGAAAGAAGAUGCAGGCCAUGUCUCGCUCCCUUCAGAUGCUGAACGUCGCGAGGCUGAAUGUAAAGGCUCAAAAGUUCCAGCCCGAUGAAGAGCCAUCAGUCGGCGAGAAGGCAUCCCACAGGCCCUUGUCAAGAAGGUGGGAUGGUAAAGUGGAAGAAAAAGGACGGACGGUGAAAACCAAGAUAGGCUUCACAACUGAGGAGGAGAUGCUUUCCUUUUUAACGGGAAGCUACCAGAAGGCUGUAACCGAUGGAGGAAAUUUGUUUGACUGUGCCCAGAACAUGGUGACUGCCGUUAGUGCCUUUCAGAAAUCAAAUGACAUCCAACAGAGAGAGACAGCCUGUAUAGAUAUAAUCCGAAGCUGCCUCCUGAAGACCAGCAAAACUGUCCGUCAACAGUUGGGUAGCAAUCCUGAUAAGGAAGUAAAAGUCAGAGAGUGCCAGCUUCAGGUGUAUUUGCGCCUGGAAAUGUCCCUGCAGUGCCCCUCCUUGCAGAAUGACACAGGUGAAAUGGAACAGCUUGUGGAGGAGAUGACGGAAAUGCUGCGUAUCUUGUGCUUGACCGAAGACCCAGUGUACUUGACCAGGUUUUUGGAAGAAAUUGUAGAAAUGUAUAAGCAAUCUAUACCAAGGAUCCUUGGGGACUUGUACUACAGUUUGGGAAUACAGAUUCCCCCAAAGCUGGCCUCCGUCCUGCCUGCAGACUUCUUCAGUGAUGACUCCAUCAGCCAGAGGAGCCAGACCGCGUCCCUUCCCGCUUCCACAGCCUCUGUGCCAGCUUCCAGAACAGCUUCCUUAAGCAUUGAGGCAGACCAGCUGGAAGAACUGCGCACCCAGUCGGCCAAGAAAAGAAAGAAUACGUUGGCUAGACACCGAAGUGUGACAGAAGCAACCCAGAACUUACGCCAGAUAGAGAUCCCUCAAGUGCCCAAAAGUCGUCCAAGAAAGGACAGCUCUCGUGUGUGCCCUGAUGGGAAAUUGAUGCCAACCACUCAGAAAGUGGCAGUCCAAGAAGUGACAAAGGUGCGACGGAAUCUCUUCAAUGAGGAGAUGCUUUCGCUGAGCAAGAAGAUUCCCCGAAGCCAGUCAGUGUCUGCUUUGGAAGGUCUGAAACACAAGAGCAGCCGAUCUAGCGAAGGCCCGAGAGACAAUCACAAACUACUGACCACACGGGUGGCAGAGACACCGCUACACAAGCAGAUCUCCAGGCGGCUGCUGCACAAGCAGAUUAAAGGCCGGUGUUCAGAUCCUGGGCCUGAAGUUGGUAUUGUAGAAGAAUCACCUGAAAAAUCCAUCACCUGUGUUUUAAGAAGGAGCCCACGGAUCAAGCAACUGUUGCUGGACAGAACACUCUCCGGCUCCUUCCACGCCUCCCAGCUUCGUACAAGAAACGUGCAACCAGAGCAUUCGGCGGAUCGGGAAGGGCUGGGUGCUCAGGAGGAUUCAGCAGACUUGGCAUUGCCUCCUGUAAAGAGAGCUAAUCAGUCCCCCAAGAGCCUUCUCUUUGGAGCAGUUCUAGAGGUUUCCAGUUCUGGAGGAAUGGAUUCACCUAGAAGAAGAAAAUCCUUAGCAUCGGAUGAGCCUGUAAUUUUUCAGACACCAAGAAAAACUUCUACCUGGUCUUCUCAGAGGCUCACGAGCCCCCCCACCAACGCACCGAGAAGAUCUCCUCGGAUUCGUGAGAAAUUACAGCAGACCCCUCAGAAACUCCUAGCCCCGAAGCAGGCUGCAGCUAAGAACUUGGGAAAUCUCUUUUCCCCUAGUAAACGGAAAAGCAAAUCCUUGCCCAAAUCUUGGGGGAAGGAAGGAGAUAAUUUGGUACAAUCAAAUCUGAAGAAGGAAGAGGUUUCUUCCCCUUAUAAGGCAGCACAGCCACAAACACCAGGAAAGCAAGUGAGGGGUGAGACACACGAUGACGUAUUUGCUUCGCCUUCAAGGAGUUCCAGUUCAGCAGCUGCUCCAUUUGCGGCAACUUCAUUCCUGUUGAAUCCCUGUGGGAAAUCACUCCUGGAGCUGCAGUCCCCAAGGCGCUCCUUACGAGUGGCUCAGCAAACAGCCUCUUCAGCCUCUGCUCAGAGACAAGAUCUUGAGGCAGAACCACAUUUACUAUUGAAUUUGGCCUCUGUGCCCCCAGAAGCAAGGCCCAUGGGAUCCGGAGGUGUGCCUUCAGAGCAGCCUUCAAGCCCCAAAAGUGCCAGCCUUAUUGAGACCUUAAAGCAAGACGAACCUGCAGUGUUGCUGACUGAUGACUCUCUGUCUUGUAGCGUAUCCUUCAGUGCUAUAGGCACGUGUGCACUUUCCCCUGCUAUAUCUUCUGAGCUGGACAGGGAAUCUUGUGCACCCUCCAAUUCCCCUUCCCGGCUUCUGAAAGUCACAAAUGCCUCCCCGGCAAAAGACGUCCAACCUUCUCCUUGCUUGUCUGAAGAGCACUUAAACACGUGGGGCGGUCAGGAGGGGCAUCUGUGUAGUGGCAGUGCCGAUCUUUCUGCUCAAGCCGACCUGUUCUGCAAACCUGGGACUCCUGAAAGAGAAUCCUUGCUUCAGAGGCAGCAACAAACAGCUGGAGCCAUGACCCCAAGUAAGAGGGGGAGUUUCAAAAGAUGCCUGUCUCCUGAGCUUUCUGCUGAAGACCACAGGCAUAUCCCCAAUGCCAUUGUGGUGUGUGAACGCCUUGAUUCCUCUUCCCUCGCCAACACAAGGGACACCCAAUCCUUUGCAGGUAGUUCUCAAGUAGAAAGAUGCCUGGUGGCUUCACAAGGGAAACUUUUGCCUGCGGAUAAAUCUAUGGGUUUGCCGCGGCCAUUUUUCCCGAGCCCUCCUGUGCGUGGCCAGCUUUCCUUGUCUGCAACCCCGAAAUCCGGUUCUUGUGCCUAUGCGUUGCGCUGCACCCCAGACAGAAGGCAACGGGAAGCCGCAGCACGGCUAGAGAACCGCGAGAAGGCAGCCGCUUUCAGUACUCUUCCAACUAUGCCUAUGUUGCCUUCUGCAGCCAGCCCACCAACCUACGAGGUUGAGCUGGAGAUGCGAGCGUCCGGCCUGCCCAAGCUCCGGAUCAAAAGGGUGGCCUCCAAGUCAACUCUGGAGCUGCAGCCUCCCAUGGAGACCAGGAAAGCGAAAGGCGAGGAAAGCGAUCUGGCCCCAGGAGACCUUUCUGUGAGCUGGUGCAGUAGGCACCCGGGGAAGACGGAAGCGGCCUGCAUUUCACCGUCCUGCCUCCACUCUGCCCACAGUACUCCUGGGAAGCUGGGAGGCGGGCAGACCUAUAUCUGCCAGUCAUACACACCCACUCGCUGCCCCUCGAACACCACUUCACCAUCUCAUGGCAACGUUGGCAUUCCCUGGACACCUUCUCCAAAGCAGAAGGGGAAAAUUACCCCUGAUGCCAUCAAGGACUGGCCACGGAGGAAAAGGGUCAUGAUCAGCUGCAACAGAAACGAGAGGCUGGCAGAUGCUGGCGGGGAAACAGCAGCCUGCGAUGAGCAGGGCAUGCGGACUUCAGAGCUCCUUGGUGGUGACAAAGCGCUGCUCCUGGGGGAGUUUGGACUCGAAGGCGUCUACAGGCUUCAGGACCGGUCGCCUUGCAGUGACAUGGAGCCCAGAGAGGAGGAGGGAGCCUGCCAAGCGGCUGCCAGCCUCAAGCCUGCCAAAAGGGCCCUUGAGCACCUCUCGCCAGAGGAGGGAGGCAGGCAGGAGGCAAAAAGGACCCGUCUGAAAAUGGAGGACUCCGGUGCGCCUGUUUAUUCAGUGGAACAGUGGGGCACAGGAAAAGAGAGGGGAGUCCUGGAGGAGGAGAACAUAUUCAGCUUCUCAGGAUUGACUCCACCCAAGUCGUCGUCGAAGAGUUCCAUCUCUGCUAACAGCCUUUGGGCACUGACACAGUCUCCGCUGCUCUACCAAGGACACACCCCAUCCCUGAGGAAGUGUUCCCCAGAUGACAAGUCCGAUGUUUUUGCCGCUGCCAAUGAAGACUUCUCUCCAUUUUCCUCUGUUGCCUCCAGACGGCGUUCUCUCGCUAGGACCUACUCCAGGAAAAGGUUGCUUAGCUGAUCUUUGGGGCAAGGUCAUGCUGUCUUGGACAAUUUGACAAAGACUGGCUAAUAGUGCCGCCAACAAUGGAGGUAUCUCUUGCUCAUGAAGUCACAACUAGGUUCCAGCACUUGAAAUUAGCUUGGGAAACUUGUGUCGACUUUGCACCAGACUCAGGAAGAAGAGUGAAUGAUCAGGCAAUGAGAACUGGAAAAAGCUGGCCUGAGCCUAAUAAGCUUUUAACUUGGUUAUUAUUAUACCAUCAUGUCUGGGUUUUAACCACCAAGGAGAAAAUGACCACUUUUUAAACAGUUCUUUGUAAAAUAAAUUUGAUCUCACGA